AUUGGGAAUUUUCAGAUAUAUUGAACCCAAAAAAUCACAUAAAAUAAUUAAAAAAAUCAUUAGCCGUCUGAUAAAGAAUAAACGGUGAUCCUCAUUUCUCUCUCACAAUAAAACUCAAUGGCACCCCUAGGUGGUAGGAAGGGGGUGGGGUAAAGAACUUCUUUUUCCGGGAGAAGAGAAAAAGGGUCUGUUUGGUUUGGUUCUUUAUGAGAAAUCCAUUUGAAUAACUUCUCCUUUUCCAGUUUUUCUUGUUUUGUCAUAAAUAUCAAGAAAUGUGAAUUUUGGGAAAUGCCAUUUGUGACUUGUAAUUUAUUGGGUGGAGGGAAAAAGAUUUAAUCUUUUUUCUCUAUUUGAUUAAUUGGGUGAAAUUGGGGGGUGGGUUUAGUUUUUAAUUCUUGAUUUAUUUUUUUGUUGGAGGAGCAAAAUGGAAAUGGAGAAUAUUGAGUGUGUUUCAUCAACUGAUGGUGGCAUUGAAGAUGAAGAGAUCCAUCAUCAUCAGCAUCAUCAAUUUUCUUCUGCAAAAACUCAUAGUAACAUUAUUUCUUCCGGAAUUGCCCCGACUAGUGUCCAUGAAUUGCUUGAAUGCCCCGUUUGCACCAAUUCUAUGUAUCCACCAAUUCAUCAGUGUCACAAUGGACACACACUUUGUUCUACCUGCAAAACAAGGGUGCAUAAUCGAUGCCCUACGUGUAGACAAGAGCUUGGUGAUAUAAGGUGCUUAGCACUGGAGAAGGUUGCCGAGUCACUUGAACUGCCUUGCAAAUAUUUUUCUUUGGGAUGCCCAGAAAUAUUUCCAUAUUACAGUAAGCUCAAGCAUGAGGCACUGUGCAAUUUUAGACCAUACAAUUGCCCAUAUGCUGGAUCAGAGUGCUCAGUGACUGGUGACAUCCCUUAUCUGGUUACACAUUUAAGAGAUGACCACAAAGUGGAUAUGCACACGGGAUGCACAUUCAACCAUCGUUACGUGAAGUCAAAUCCCCGAGAAGUAGAAAAUGCGACAUGGAUGCUGACAGUCUUCCAUUGUUUUGGACAGUAUUUCUGUCUCCAUUUUGAGGCCUUCCAACUUGGUAUGGCCCCUGUAUAUAUGGCAUUUCUACGAUUUAUGGGUGAUGAAUCUGAGGCACGCAAUUACAGCUAUAGUCUCGAAGUAGGAGCAAAUGGUAGAAAGCUCAUAUGGGAAGGGACACCAAGAAGUGUUCGAGAUAGCCACCGCAAAGUCAGGGACAGUCAUGAUGGUCUAAUAAUCCAACGCAACAUGGCACUGUUCUUUUCUGGAGGGGAUCGAAAGGAGCUAAAACUUCGAGUUACUGGAAGGAUAUGGAAAGAACAGCAAAAUCCAGAAGGCGGUGUGUGCAUACCAAAUCUGUGUAGCUGAUUUAUUUCUCGGAGUGAUUGUUCUUUUUUCCCCUUCUCCUUACUUUUUCCUCCCCUAUUUUUUCCCGUGGAUGUAUGUGCGUGUGACAGUGGGUGUAACAGCAAUCUGUUUGUACCAUUGUAACUUUAUGCUCUGCCCAGCUACAUAUCAUUGCCCCUGAAGAUUUAGUCGUAUCAAUUGUCAAUAACCAUCUUACAGUUC